GUGCUGCGCCUGCACCGCGCCCUGCGCUGGCUGCAGCUCUUCCUCGAGGGGCUGCGCACCAGCCGGGAAGACUCCAAGACGUCCGUGAUCUGCACGGACUCCUACAACGCGUCGCUGGCGCGCUACCACCCGUGGGUCGUCCGCAAGGUGGCCACGGCGGCGUUCUGCGCGCUGCCCUCGCGCAACGCCUUCCUGGAGACCAUGAACGUGGGCGGCCCCGAGGCGGCCGUGGCCAUGCUGGGCGAUGCGCUGCCCCACAUCUGCACCGUCUACGGCAUCACCGAGGAGCUCUACGCCCAGCACCAGCUGCUCGACCUGCCCUGA